CGCAAGUCAUGUCAAAGUCAAGUCCACGGUCGUCGGUCGACUCAUCGUGCUGUGCUGGUGCUACGCUCGCUUCGGAAGGUCCGGUUUGGCCAAUAACGUACGUCGUCGCCUUGGAUCGAUGCCUAUCAACAACAUACUACUACUAUUACUACUACUACUACUUCUGUACAUACACAACGACCCACGACUCACGAGUUUCCUACUGCCUCCUACCUCCUACGGCCUUCUUCGCGAGAUUGAGGCUGUUUGUUUGUUUGCUUGUUUGUUUCUUCUCUCCCAGUGCGUGUGGUGGGGGUGGUGUCAUGGACGAAUAAUAGUUUCCUUGCCUUGCGUUUUUGUUUCCCUUCCCUUCUUCAUGUGUUUUUUUGGAUGGAUGGGGCUUGGUUUUUUUCUUCUUUGGGUUUCUUUGUAUGGUGCCAGUAGGUGGUCUGCACUGCACAGCACAGCAGGAGUCGGGGCGCCGCGGGGCCGGGGCCCGAGGGGCG